UUUUAAAAGCACCUCUUCCGUUAAGCAUUGCCUUACUGUUUAAUUCGAUCUAGGUGUAACAGGUUAGUGCUUGGAAUAUGCAUUUUAUAAUCCUGGUGUUUCUUUUGGCAAUAGGUGAGAAUGAUGCAGUGUUUUGGCAGAGGCUCAAAUGUCCCUAUGAACCAAAGCACCAGAGCCUGCUCAGGGUGUGGUGCCGGCAGAGCUCUGCAGAGUGCUGUACGGGCCUCAUUUUCAGCCACAGCUCCCAAUUAGCUGAUGGAGGCAAAGUGAGGGUGACCCAGGACACACACUCCUUCACUGUGGAGGUGUUGGAGCCGAGCCAUCGAGAAGGAGUUUACUGGUGUGGUCUAUUGAGCAAAAAUGACACCAUCAUCAAGCUGGCCGAAGGCUAUUUUUAUAGCUCCUCAACUGCUUUUAUCUGGAGUUUCACUCGCUGGAUUUUGCUGCCACUACUACCCAUAGUGACCAUAUUUACUUGUGUCUACACCAGAAAGAGAUGGUGAGCCUUAUGAUGACGUUGCUGUAGGCCAAGCUUUUACUGACCCAGUGUGUGACGGUCCAGACUCUCCUGAAUGAGUGGGAGUCACAAAGGAUUUAACAGCAUCACAGGAGAGGCUGGGACUCAGGGCGCAAUUUUUUUUACAACACAGAAAAUACAAGACAAUUUCUUUCUCUUUUAUGAAGAAAUAAGUUUGCAUUUAUUGGACAAACCAAACAUAAGCCCACACUUAGUGUAAAGAUGGAACAUGUCAUAGGGUGAAAAAUAAAUGAAGAAUUUUAUCCCAAAAUGAUUUUAUAAGCAUUUGGAUAAACAGCCACCUGUAACCAUCUCUUCUAAAGUGCAUAUCAUUCUGAGGAAUGUUAUUACUUUAGUAAACAGAAAUGUAACAUUAAAAAAAAUGACCAACAGGA